UGCAGGAAAAAGCAAAGUGGCGCGGCUCGGAGCCUUGCAUCGCCACACUGGACGCGCAGGAGCAAAGGCACACAUCCAGUUUGAAGAAAGCGAAACGAAAAUCCCACACACCAGGAGCAAGGUUAUCUACAGAACACGAAGCUCUAGACAUUCCAGAUUGCACUAAUGCAUACUGGCACACAUCCAGACCCAGAGAAGACUGGGUUGAAAUUAAGAAUGGUCACAACGAAGUGCUAGACAAUGAGCCUCUUCAAGCAAGACUUCUCCCUGAGGAAGACACAGUCCGACAGCUCACAUUAGAGAGGAGACAGAGAGGGCAAAUCACCCAGACAGUGAACUUUGAGGCCUGGAACCCAAACGGGGAACCCUCCCACAGUCGGCAGCACGAUUUGGCGUGGGAGGCGGAGGGAGAGGCAGGGGAGGCACGCGGCACGCUGAAGAAGAUCCAGAAACUGGUGCGCGUCAAGAGAGGAAGUCCGAACAGCGCCGAGGAGGCCAAGACUCUCCCCGACACGCACGACAAAGGUGCUAUGAUGGAUGCGGUGUUUAAGGAGGACAGCUCGGUCAUCACAUGUAUCGGCCUUGGGAAGAAACCCGAGAGGAAGGCCAGCAAGGAGCCCAAGCAGCCGCAGCAGCCGGGUAGAGAGCGGAGCGGUGUGGGCAUGCGGAUGGACGCUUCCUGGAGCCCCAGACUGGACCACCAGUACCAGUGGAACAGCUCUGAGAUCAGUCCGCUGCCCUGGGACAGUGCCUACCACACCUGUCAGCGCCCGGGCGCUCACCUGACCACUGAUCCGCACCAACUGGGCGCUCACCGGCCCACUGACCCGCACCUCUACAGCUUCGACUUCACGCUGCCCCGCGGGACUGACUGGGGCCGCUACGAGAGCCUCGUCCAGGGACUGGACCGCGGGAGAAGCGCAGCCACGCAGCUGAUCCCUCCGCACAUCGUCCACUCUGUUACACACCUGGAGAUGACCGAUAGCACGAGAUCAUCCAGCUUUGGUAAAUUUGACACGUUCAGACAUCAAGCUCGCCAAUCCAAACCUGAUGAGAAUACCAUUACUGUGUCCUCUGCAGAGCCAGCAGAGACCCCUGAUGUUGACCAGGCGAGACAGGGGACCAUCGGGCAGAAGAUGAAGGCCAUCUCCAUGACGAUGCGCAAACGCAUGGGCAGGAAGUACAUCAAAGCCCUGUCGGAGGAAGCGGGGGAGGACACUGAGGGAGACCAUCAGACCGAAGGGGACGCAGGCACCGGCACCACGCUGGCCAAAGCCCACAGGACGUCCAGCAACUCCCUGGAGAGCCUCUACAGCCUCCACAGUGGACAGAGCUCUUCCAGCGGGAUCACCAGCGGCUCAGAGGGCUUAAGCAACAGGGGCAGUGUGCGGCUGGAGGAGGAGGUCCCUUACACGGGGCAGUUCUGCGGCCGAGCCCGUGUGCACACUGACUUCCUGCCCAGUCCCUACGACAACGAGUCCCUCAGACUCAAGGUGGGGGACGUGAUUGAGGUCAUCAGCAAGCCGGCCAUGGGCAUCUGGACGGGCCUGCUGAACGGCCGCGUGGGCAGCUUCAAGUUCAUCUACGUGGACGUGCUGGUGGAGACAGAGCCGGAGCCCCGCAGAAGAGCCACGUCCCAGGGCAGGAGGCGGCGGCCGCGACCCAACACCCUGCUGGAGCUCCUCGCCUGCCUCAACCUGGAGGAACACGCCUCAUCUCUGAUGCUGAACGGAUACCAGACUGUGGACGACCUGAAGGAGCUGAAGGAGCAGCACCUGAUCGAGCUGAACAUGACCGACCCAGAGCACCGCCACCGACUGCUGGCCGCCACAGAGUGUCUGCACGAGCCAGAGCCCAAUGCCCUGAAAGAUGGCGAGGCUAGUGAGGAGCCCACGUCUCCAUCUGAGGCCCAGGAGGCGGAGUUGGAGAAGGCGGAGUCUAAGGAGGCAGAGUCUAAGGACUGUCCGCGCGACUCGGGGUGCUACAUCCCCUCCGACGUCUCAGACAGCACCAGCAGCAGCAGCAGGGACGACUCGGUCAACCUUGUAGUGCUAAACACCUCACCAGCAGAGGCCUGACACCUCAACUUUCCCACACACACACACACACACACACACCCAUAACAUGCACACAUACAAACACAUAGACACACACCCACCACACCCAUAAGAUGCAGACGAGACUCUCAAGCGCGCUGGCCUGUUCUCUCCAUCCACUGCGGUCUCCUCGGCUGGACCCGCUGCAGCUCCAACACCACAUGGCUGGACUGUCCUUCUGUUGUAGGUCCCCAAACACACACACACGUCGACCCCCAAACACUCACACACCUCCACACACACACCUCGGCUCCUUGGCUGGACCCGCUGCAGCUCCAACACCACAUAGCUGAACUGAACACCGCAUGGCUGGACUGAACAUCACAUGGCUGGACUGUCCCUCUGUUGUAGCAUCACAUGGCUGGACUGUCCUUCUGUUGUAGCAUCACAUGGCUGGACUGUCCUGCUGUAGCAUCACAUGGCUGGACUGCCCUGUUGUAGCAUUUGAUUGUUGUACUGUGCGGUUGCUUUUUUCAUGUUACUUGUGCACCGUCUAUUAGCAUGUGGCUCUGCACCCCAUAAUAACCCUAACCCUAACUCUGCACCCCAUGCCGUGUAAGAUUUAGAAGCAUUUCAGUUAAAGAGUUAUUUGUUUUGGUGGACAUGUCUAUAGGCAGGAAAUGUUCAGUUAUUGGUUAUUUCUUCUUUAGAGACUUCAGUGUGGUGUUCAUUGCAAUAGGAAACACACACACACUCAGUUCAGAGGUCAUCAGUUCAGAGGCCACCUGAUUGACUGUCACCUGGAGGACUGAAUCACCCUGAACCCAAAGCAGCUCUGUGCAAAUUAGGGUGCAUAUCAGGGUUCAUAUCAGGGUCCUUAUCUGGGUGCAUAUCAGGGUCCAUAUCAGGGUCCUUAUCUGGGUGCAUAUCAGGCUCCUUAUCUGAGUGCAUAUCAGGGUGCAUAUUAGGGUCCUUAUCUGGGUCCAAAGCAGCUCUGUGCAAAUCAGGGUCCAAAGCAGCUCUGUGCAAAUAUCUGUCUUUGUAGUCUUGGCCAAAUGCAUGACUGAGACCAACCUGUUAUAUUUUAUGUAUCAAAUAAAUAUUAUGAAUGGUCAUAACAUACUACAGUUCAUGGGCGGGUGAAAAGUUUGCUUGUCACUGUGUGGUGGAUGUGCUUCAUGUUGUGCAGGCAGACACGGAAUAUGAUAGAUAGAUAGAAAGAUACUUUAUACGGAAUAAAGCCUCAUUCAUCAGUUAAGAUGCAAUCAGAGCUCAACGCUACGUGUUUUUAUUCAAUAAGAUGCUCAAAAGAAUCCAGGGGCUUUUUUAUCAUCAGAGAAUUUGUAUCAUCUUUAGCAUGAUCUACCUAUCUAAGCAAGAAAUAGACAUUGUUGGCAUGAUCUACUUCUCUAAGCAAGACAUGGACAUUAUUAGCAGGAUCUACCUGCUGUAUCUAAGAAAAAAGGAAAUAGAGAACUUAUGAUGAUUUGAACACAGACUACAAUUACAUGUGGAAUUACAGACAUGAGUGGUCUAUUAUAAGAUGAUAAACGGCAUGAACUGUGUGGUUACUGCUUACUUCUACAUCUUAACUUGCAGGGGCCUUUUGGUCAGAUUUAGGGCCCAUAUAUAUUAACAUACAGUACAUGUUAUGACCUCUAAGUGUGCAGCGCUAUAAAAGAACAAGGCGCAGGUAUUUUCCAUACAACUUUAUUUAAUAAAACAACGGCAUGUGCA